AUGAAUGUCCCGUGCACUCAAUCGUACCAAUGUACUCCAUAUUACUCUGGAGUGUCUUCGUGUAUCAGUGGAUUCUGUUGCACAUCUCCCAAUUCUCCGAAUAACCCGAUUCCAAUCACAACUACGACUACUACUCGAGCGCCCGGUGGAUUCGGUGUCUGCCCAUCUGGUCAACUAUCAGAAGUUCGUUGCACAACACGUGGCCAGUGCGCAUCCGGACAAACCUGUAUUGGAGGACUGUGCUGUACAAUAACAGGAAAUGAAUGGAAUGUUGCCUGUGGAGGUCUGCCAGCUCUGAACUCGUGUGACUUCACAUCCAGAUGCACAUCUCUCUCGCAAGUAUGCACUUCCUCCAACUAUUGCUGUGAAUGUCCAUACGGUCAGGCAUACGGUACUUGUGGGAAUGGUAUUUGUCCAACUGGGUUCACAUGCCAAGCAAAUGGAAACUGUUGUCCAGUUUGUCCAAAUAAUCAACAACCGUUCGGAAGUUGUGUAUCGGGACAAUGUGGUGGUGGACGGACUUGUCGGAGUGGAAAUAUCUGUUGUUGA